AUGGAGCGUGCGGGCGGAAGCGCGGCCGGAAACGCGCCCCUGCGCCCCUCGGACGGAGGCCGGCGGCAGCCAGAAGAGAGCGCGGGGGGCGCCGGCUCCGCCAUGGCCAAGCAGUACGACACGGUGGAGUGCCCCUACUGCGACGAGGUCUCCAAGUACGAGAAGCUGGCCAAGAUCGGGCAGGGCACCUUCGGGGAAGUGUUCAAAGCAAAGCAUCGUCAGACGGGCAAGAAAGUGGCACUGAAAAAAGUGCUGAUGGAGAAUGAAAAAGAGGGGUUCCCUAUCACAGCCCUGCGGGAAAUCAAAAUCCUCCAGUUGUUGAAGCAUGAAAAUGUGGUGAAUCUCAUUGAGAUCUGCAGGACCAAAGCCUCCCCGUACAACCGUUGCAAGGGCAGCAUCUACCUGGUCUUCGACUUCUGUGAGCACGACCUGGCCGGCCUCCUCAGCAACGCCCACGUCAAGUUCACACUCUCGGAGAUCAAGAAGGUCAUGCAGAUGCUCUUGAACGGCCUCUACUACAUCCACCGGAAUAAGAUCCUGCACAGAGACAUGAAAGCGGCGAACGUGCUCAUCACCCGCGACGGCGUCCUGAAACUGGCCGACUUCGGCUUGGCUCGGGCUUUCAGCCUGGCGAAGAACAGCCAGCCCAACCGCUACACCAACCGGGUAGUGACCCUGUGGUAUCGGCCUCCGGAGCUGCUCCUGGGGGAGCGAGAUUACGGCCCUCCCAUCGACCUCUGGGGGGCAGGCUGCAUAAUGGCUGAAAUGUGGACUCGAAGCCCCAUCAUGCAAGGGAAUACGGAGCAGCACCAACUCACCCUCAUCAGCCAGCUGUGUGGCUCCAUCACCACAGAGGUCUGGCCAACUGUGGAUAAAUGUGAACUCUACCAGAAGUUGGACCUGCCCAAAGGGCAAAAGCGCAAGGUGAAGGAGCGACUGAAGGCCUACGUCAAAGAUCCGUACGCUUUGGAUCUCAUAGAUAAACUGCUGGUGUUGGAUCCGGCCCAAAGGAUAGACAGCGACGACGCCCUCAAUCACGACUUCUUCUGGUCUGACCCGAUGCCCUCUGACCUCAAGAACAUGCUCUCCACCCAUAACCAAUCCAUGUUCGAGUACCUAGCCCCGCCCAGGAGGAGGGGCGGACACAUGCCGCAGCAACCGGCCAAUCAGGGCAGGAAUCCAGCUGCGACCAAUCAGACAGAGUUUGACAGAGUGUUCUGAUGGCCGUUGGUUCAGCGGAGGAAGAGAGAGAUCCACACGUUACUUUAAAGUACUGACUUAUCCAAAAAAAAAAAAAAAAAGUGUAUGCGACGGCUCAGUUCGUUUUGUCCGCUUCUGACUCUCCUAUGAAAAAGCCGGUAUCCGAGAGUUGCAGGGCUAGAUAAACUGGAAAUGCACAAAGGCUCUGCAGAAUUGUGCCUGACAGCAGAGUCGGUGAAUUGCUGCUUUUCGGAACUACUGAAACGCUCUCUUCGAACGCUUAGGGAGCUGUAGUAGCUGCCUUGAUUUCUCAAGCUGUAGUUCUGCCAAGCAAGUGGGUUAGCCUUUGCAUGUCCAUCCCCCCCGCCCCUGGGCCAUCCCAUCGCUUGCCCCAAUGGGGGCGGGGGGAAGCUGUAGCGGGUUGACAGGUGGGGUGCGCAUAUGAAGUCACGCACCGCCCUGUGGCAUUGCAGUGCAUGAGAUGGGGAGUGGCCGAGCGGGCGCAGCCCUCAGUCGAAGAACAGGCGAACGGCCUUGGAUCUUGUUAUGUGGGGUCCAUCCACCCAUAUGACGUGAUUGAUUGGGCCCCGCUGACAGAUUCUGCCACUUUUGCUGACUAACCCGUAGUCCUCCUUCGGUGGCAGGAGGGAACGAGGGCUCCGCCUUUCCUGGGUUGCUUGCCGGAUUUCAGCAUGCUUCAAGCGACCCGUUCAAAUCCACGACGUUUGUGCCCGUUGUGACUUGAGUCCUAUGGAUUUCAGCCGGUCUGCUCCCUGGCCUCCCCCAACCUGGUGCCCUCCAGGUGUGCGCUGCAGCUCCCAGCAUUCGCUGGCUGGGGAUGCUGGGAGCUGCAGUCCAGCACAUCUGGAAAUCAGCAAGUUGGGGAAGGCUGGUCUCAUGUAAGUAUUGUUAAAUCCAGAUCCCUAUGCCAAUCUCCUGUCUCUGGAGUCACCGUACGAUGGGCCCUUCAUCUUUGCUGCUGUGCCUUCUGGGGUCCCUCUUUUCUGCUUUUCUUGGUGGAAUCUGAGGUCUGGAGACCUCCCCCCCCCCCCCUUGCUACUAGCAGCAGAAGUAAAUAUUCACUUUCUUGGACCUAGAAUACAUGGGAAGGGCUCUCUUUCUUUCCCACUCUGGGAAGACCUGGAUGUUCUGGAUGCAGGUGGGAGAAUUAUCCAUAUUGAACCUCAUCAUGUUCUGUCUUUUUUUAAAAAAAACAGCACUAUGAAGAAUGCUGUAAACUGUAAUUAAAAUAAUUGCUUUAACAUCUU